CAGACCUCUCUCAGACAGCCCGUCCCCUUCAGCGGUUAAAGCCACAGCUCAGCGAAUCUGAGUCCGCCAAGAUGGCCUCGCUGCCGCUCGUCCGAGCCGCUCUGCUCGUCGCUUUCUCCGUCUUUCUCACGCUCAUCCUGGGCUUCGGUCUGCCGUCUGCGCUCAACCUGGUGGCCCGGCUGUGCGGUCUGCCCGAGGCGAGCGCCACCGAGUGCGUGGUGCUGCUCUACGCGCUCUUCGUGCUCUACAUCGCCCUGCCUCGGCUGCCCCGGGGAUCCGUCAAGGUGGAGGGGAAGGCGGUGUUUGUUACUGGAUGUGACAGUGGCUUUGGUCAUUCUCUGGCCAAACACCUCCACAAGCUCGGAUUCACUGUCUUCGCUGGGUGCCUCUUAAAGGAUAAGGCUGGCGAGGGCGCGGUGGAGCUGGAGAACAUGCACUCCGACCGAAUGAAAGUGGUUCAGCUGGACGUUUGCAAUGAAGAUGAGGUUUCAAAGGCUGUAGAGUUCAUCAAGGCCAACCUGGAUGACUCAGAGAAAGGUCUGUGGGCGGUGGUGAAUAAUGCAGGGGUCUCUACAUUUGGUGAGGUGGAAUUCACUACAAUGGACACGUACAAGCAGGUAUCAGAGGUCAACCUGUGGGGAACGAUCAGAGUGACCAAAGCUCUUCUCCCGCUCAUCCGCAGAGCUAAAGGCCGUGUGGUGAACAUAGCCAGCAUGUAUGGCCAGAUGGGAAAUGCCUUGCGUUCUCCUUACUGCAUCUCGAAGUACGGAGUGGAGGCCUUCUCUGACUGCCUCAGGUACGAGAUGAAGUCCUGGGGCGUGAAAGUGUCGGUCAUAGAGCCGGGGAACUUCAUAGUGGCCACAGGAAUCCUGACCCGGGACAUUGUGGCCACCACAGCGGAGAAGCUGUGGAAGGAGGCGCCCUCUGAUGUGCAGGAGGACUACGGCAAGGCCCAUUUUGAGCAGUACAUGGCACUGAUGCGCUCCUACUGCAACAGCGGCCAGCGAGACGUAACGCCGGUUUUGGACGACAUCGCAGACGCCAUCACGUCUAAGCGGCCGUACACGCGCUACAACCCAAUGGAGCCUCACUGGUGGAUUCGCAUGCAGGUCAUGACCCACCUCCCAGCAGCCAUUUCUGACCGGCUCUACUUCUGAUGUGCCUCUCCGCUUCCCUCUCCACUAAUUGGGAAUUACUUAUAAUCGUAUACGAAUCGUUCUCGCAAUAACGGCUUCUGUGCUUAGCAAAUCACGUUCCAAACGCUGCCGACUGCUGUAUUACACAUAGCCAUCGUGUGUUAGCUGCAUCGAAAUUAAGCGACCCCUAGUUCCUGUAAACAAUGUUACCACACGGAUGGACACUAACAAACCACUGAGAUGUCUGAAGUGCUCCGUAACCAUGCUGACCGAUCACAGACGUUUCUGUUGCCCCUUGUUUGACAUGACCGAAGUGUUAAUGACCAUGCCCAGUGGAGAGUGUGGACACUGUGUUGGAAAAUGGACAGUUUUUGGUAAUCAGUUGAAGUAAUUGCGGUCACUGUUGGCCUACCCACUAAUCACAUCUACAAUACUGGUCAUUCCAAGCACUUAAGCUAUGUUCCAGAUCACUACAUGUAUACAGUACAUACUCACUACUCUCAAGAUUCAAACACCUGAAAAGUUAAAGCAGGUGUCAAACUUUUUCACAAAGGGCUGAUUUUGGCUGCAGGUUUUCGUUCCAGUCAUGCAGGAUCACGUGAUUCUACUUAUUUGAUAGGUCGUUCUGCCUUUAAAUAACUCAUUAGUUAUUCAAGGUGAGCUCUUAACUUGGUUGGAAUGAAAAACUGCAACCACACUGGCCUUUUGCGGAUAAAAUUAUUGACCCAUGGGUUAAAGAUGUUUGACCGGACAAAUCUGAUUUUCAGCCAAGACAUGUUUAGUGUCCGACGUUCGCUUCUUUAGCUUUUGCACCGCAGCUUGCUGUUCAGUAAUCUCAAAUGUAUGUGGUUUCUGUUGCUGUUGUCCUUAAAAAUGGACAAACGUAUGAAUAAAUGCAGGGCUGCAGGAUUAGAGGUGCACUGAUCAUGAAACUGUGUGGCAGAUUCCAAUUUCUAUGCAGCCAAACUGGCCAAUUCUUUAUUAUCCAGUCUUUUUCACUCUGCUGUUUGCCAAAGUUGCAACAGAAAUAACAUUAUUUUCUUGGUAAAUUGGCCAAACUGGCAUUAUAACUCUUAAAGGAAAAAUCAGGGGCUAGUUUCUCAGAAGCAUCUUAGUGUUAAGAUCAUCUUAACCAGUGUGCGAAAUACCCCCUGGUAUUCGGGGGUCCCAUAUUGGCUGGCUUGUCCAGUGCUGGCUGGCUGCUAACUCACUCACCAUAGCAGCACUGAUAGAAAUGUUUGGUUCAACGAUUCUUUUUGUGGAAAUGCUCUUUUCUGCUUUGGUCUUCUACACAUUAACUGAGAUCUUACACAUCUCCUUAUUUUCAGUUAAAGAGAUGAGAAACAAUUCACUCUUUCCAUCAAUCUCUUGGUGAAUUGGGCAGUUUUUUUACAUUUAUGAGUAUUCUACGGCAUAUUGUAAAAUUUUUCAGAGGUAUCUGGGCAGAGUUUCAGUUACUAGGCUAUAAAGGACCAACUGGGUGAGCUGGUUUGCUACAGCGCCACCCUGAGGCAGACCAGUGCUGCAUCUCUAGUUAGUUAAGAAUACGAAAAACAGAAGCUGCACCAGUUGUAGGUGAAGCAGCUCAACAAUGACUUUGUUUCGUUUGUAUUUGAGCGUCUAUUUUUCUCCUACCAGCCAGUAUAAUGUCAUAAGUUUAUUUUCAGGGACCAUCCAGAAUUUUGAUUGAGACAUUUAAGGGGUCCAAGAGGUUAAUUAGAGGAUCCUGGACCCCCCAGGACCCCUGUAUUUCAUACUUUGAUCUUAACUGGUAGAGAGAGUGUUCAGUGUGAUGAACUCACUUUACUGUUUAAGAAUCAUAUUUAUGCUAAGAUGCUUUUGGGACAGUUUAACAGGAGUAAAGUGCUCUAUCACAAGUUAGAGGUCACUGGCUAUUUAGCACAGUGAGUCCUGCAAAAUUAUGCUACAGCAUUUGGCAUAGAUGUAAAAUCAGCACGCAAAAAAACAGCCCAAGUGCACAUUACAUGAUAAAAUUACAACACAGAUCGACCAAAAUUAAAAUAAUAAAUUUCCUGAUUGCACGUUUGAGUGCAUCCCUAUUCAGGAUGGCUGCUACUAUUUUUUGGUAUGCAAUACACCAAAUUUCAGACACCAGACGUGUCUUGGCUGAUUGGCUGAUCAUCUGAAAUAACUGUGUACAGUUUCUCUGAACUAAACAUUCCAAUGUGUUUUAGUUUAAAGGCAUAAAUACUGUACAGCUCAGCUCAGAGGAGAGAGUGUUUGCGCAGUGCUCUGCAGGCUCUGGCUGGGGUCUCUUCCAGAGCAGAUGCCUCGGCUGGAUCCUUUUCAGCAAACUGCCACAGAAUAAAAGAGGAUGCCUGUGGUUCUGUCAGAGCUCCUUCAGCAGACACAAAAGACUGCCUGACAUUAGGCAGCAGCUAAUAGGCUGCUAAACAAAGAACACAUUGCAUAGUUCCAUAAAUUUCUCAUCCUCCAGUAUUGGAAUGCACGCAUCACACGGCGAUCAUUCACGUUUUCAUUUGGAUAACAAACAGCUUUGUUUAGCACCACUACACUGAAAUAAAUCCUGUUUUUCACGUUCUGGUGGGAAAAUCUGCAAAAAUUGUUUUUAUAAAAGUAAUUUUUAAAUUAGCCACCAGAUGGAGCAGCUGAGCAACCCUCCCAAUUGUUUUUCAGUUUGGAAAUAAUGGAAAUUCUCCCCUUUCAAAGAUUUGAACUUUUCCACAGUAAAAGUAGUUAGAAAUUAUGAAGUAUGAAGAUAUAUUUACAUUUAUUUACGAACUGUGGAAUUGUUUGGUAAAGAAAUGCAAGCCUGUCUUUUAUUUACUUGCAGUCAUGUUGUAAUAUAUCCCUGUAGGUGGCAGACUUUCCCAUCACAGGCUCAUAUGUAGCACAGGUCAUAUGAUGCCCAUGUAUUAUAUUACAGGUAGGAAAUGACACUUUUGAACAAAUAUUGAACAUAUUGUUGGUGUAAUGUUGCCAGUAAUGGAAAAAGCAAGUAUAAUUUUACAAAUAAACCCAUGCAGGUCAUCAUA